AUGUCUAGAAAAAGAGGAGGUUCCCGAGGAGGCGCCCGUGGAGGCGGCCGUGGAAGUUCCAGAGGUGGAAGAGGCGGUGGAAGAGGUGGAAGCAGAGGUGGAGGGUCAUUCGCCCAGUACAAUCUCUCCAAGUCACUGAGGAGAAGAGCCAAAGCUAGAGCAAAUCAUCGAGAUGUGCCUGAGCUCAUGGAUUUGGGAGAGAACGGCUACGUUUCCGAGAUUGGAACUCACCUGCCUCGACCAUCCAUGAAGAGCCUCUCCAAGCGGCCCAAUAGGCAUAUGAUGGAUGAAGCUAGAUAUACUGACCAGAACAUCGAAAACACGAUGAAACAGCCACUUCGAAGAAGGCCUAUAGAGUUUGUCAAAGCGAAGGAGCUUUAUGAUCCUAGUAAAGAUUUGAUUGAAAGGCUUCGGAAGAGCGAUUUGGUUACCAAUAUGAGAGAUCUCUCAGUAGAAGAAGAAGAGAAUAAGGAGCAGGAAGCUGGUGUGAAUGAGGCCAAAUUCGGUAGUACGGAAGACGUUGAAUUUGGAGAAAGGGUGGUAACAGGCGUGGAUGAAGUUGAAACUAAAGAAGAAGCCGACGACGAAGUGAAAGAGGAUGUGAAAGAGGAAGUGAAAGAGGUCGAGGAGGUCGAGGAUGAGGAAGUGAAAGAGGAAAUGAGAGAGGAAGUGAAAGAGGAAGUGAAGGAGGAAGUGAAGGAGGUCAACGAAGUGAAGGAGGUCGACGAAGUGAAGGAGGUCGACGAAGUGAAGGAGGUCGACGAAGUGGAAGAGGUUGAGGAAGAAGCAGAGUUUAGCGAGGAUAAUGAAGAGGAAGUAGUUGAUGUUGAUGAUGAUGAAGAAGAAGAGCAAGAAGAACAGGAAGAACAGGAAGAAGAGGAAGAAGGCUCUUCAUCUGACUCUGAAUCAGAGUCUCCAUACUCGGAUGACUUUGUCAUCGACUGUGAUGGUGAUAAUCUACUCGAUUAUCACAACAAAAUCGCCACCAGAGACGUCAUACAACAGGGUCGUGAUUCUCCAAAAUCAUCUGGGCCCACCGAAAUACCCAAACUUGAGCGUGUUCCAUAUCUCACAGUGGGUAAGGUCAUGCUCAAAGUCGACAAUGCCGAUGGCACACUCACUGCAUCGCUUCCAGACCUCAGGAGGGCCAAAAAAGGUUUCAAAGAGUUGUCACGAGAAUAUCUUGAAAAGUCCGAUGAUUCAGAUGAAGAGGCCGCCUUCGAGGACUAUAUGUCACAAUUAAUGGCAGCGAAUGCUGCGGACGACUACGACUCCAGAUCUGAUAUUGAUCUUGGAUCUGAUAUCAACCUUGGAUCUGAGAUGGAGUCAGACAAUUCAGAUGUCAGUGACAUAGACAAUGACCAUUUGAAUUCAGAUGAGGAGGGUCUUGAGGAUAUUCUUUCCUUUGCCAGAAAUCAACAGAAGAGCUUCUCCAAUCUUGACAUUGGUCCGACCAAGUCGUUGAAGAAGAAAGGAAAAGGGAAGAAUUCUCGCCUCGACAUCAGUGAUGAAAUUGAAAUGGAGUUGAGGCUGUCGUUGUUGGAGCAGUUUGAGUACCAGCGACAAUCACGUAAGCUGAAAAAGCUCCGCAAACAGGAAAAGAACCAAGAGGAAGCGCUAAAGAAGAAUGAUUUGAGUGCCAAAUACGACUACAUGCUCCACAUUAAGGAGAUUAAGGAGGAGUUUGAAUUGCUUCUACAUGAUGCUUCUCGUGAAUCCAUGAAUUUCCCACCUCUAGAUGGCCACGGAAACAAAACACUUAGCAAACUCGCUAAACACUACAACAUGAAAUGUACCAGGUGUGGAGGUAACGGCCUUCAAAUGUACAUGAAAGUGUCUAAGACAAGAAAAACUUUCCAUUACUUGCCUGACUAUAACCAGAUCAAUUACAUCAUGAAGCAAAGACCGGUAUUUAAAAGAGCAGACGUGAAAACCCGAACCAGAGAGGAAAUCGCUGAGACCGAUGGCAAAAACGGAAAGAGCACACACCAUGGUCCCAAAAAUAAUGCCUAUGUGCGGGAAGGAGAUAUCGUUGGUGGCCAGGCUCCGGAGAUUGGUAUCAACAAUAUAGGACGCCAGUUGCUCGAGAAAUUGGGAUGGGUCAAAGGCGAAGGAUUGGGUGCUCAUGGCAAUAAGGGUAUUAGUGAGCCAUUGCUAGCCACGGUGAAGAAGUCCAAGACAGGAUUGAAGUGA